AAUGUUUUAUCUGUUGGAGUCAUCUUCGCAGCCUAAAAUGUUUAGUUUGCUGACGAACAUAAUAUUAUUACAAUAAAACUUAUCAUACCGUCUAGUACAGUCAUAAAGUCAUUCAACUAUAAAAGCAAUUUUACGCAUGAACUAUUUUACCUGAAAGUAAUAGAACCAAAAAAGUUUCCAAUAUUUAUGGUAAUAUCGGAUACCUACUUCAUAUUUUAAAAAUCGUACAGAUUGAAAGAAAACACAAAUUGCAAUAUGUUUAAAAAUGUUUUAACGAAAAGUAAAUAUGAUAACAUUUUUACUGACUUUGCGUCUAACUUUACUAAUGAGCAUAGCUUGUGCAAUGUCAGUCUGUAAGUGUACCACAAAAUGGCCCGAUCCGAUCAACAGAUUGGCUUACGUCGAUAAUCCGGUGGAAUCCGGUUUCCCCGGCCAUUGGUUGCCGAUAAACUUAAUCAAGCGGAUUAUGGAAACACGGGUACGCACUUUAGUACCACAGUUCGAUAAGUAUACCAAAUCAUCUCGUAAAGAUCGAACGAGAAAACCACUGUCCUUGUCUAUUAAAGUAAACAAGAAGAAGGAAAAAGACAAUGUGAAUAAAGUAAAAGCGAAGAACGCUAAAGUAAAAAUAUUCUACACUGCUACUACAAUUUUAAAAAGCUCAAACACUGAAACAAAAUCUAAAAUAGCAAAAAUUAUACCGAAGGUAAUUGUUGUAGAAACGUCUCCAAGAACUAAUAGAAACUUAAUAGACAAAGUUGAAAUUACUACUGUGAUACCUAGUAGAAGUACAGAAAUCUCUACAGAUUUAUUAAACACCAAAAUGUCUUCAACGAAAGGUGUGAACAUCGUUGAAUCAUCUACAAUAGCUGAUGAUACUUUGAGAAGAUCUACAAAAUCAUACAGUAAUAAAUUAGCAGUGCCUGCUAAGCAAGAUUUGACUACAGAACUAGCCACUGAAACGCCUAUUAUUUCAUCAUCUACAUUGUCCACUGACACGGAAACGAUUUUAGAAGCUACAAAACAAUCUAGAAUAACGUCACCUGAAUCUAUUCCAUUAACUACAACAGAAUCUACAAGUAUAACUGAAAACUCUACUAGUAUGACAGAAACUACUACUAGUAGUACUACAGAAGUUCCAACGAGUACUACAAAAGCUACUACGAUUACUACAGAAUCAACUACGAGUUCGACAGAAUCUACUGCGAGUACAACAGAACCUACCACCAGUACAACGGAAUCUUCAACCAUUACUACAGAAUCUACUACAAGUACUACAGAUUCUACUACAAGUUCUACAGAAUCUACUACAAGUACUACAGAAUCUACUACAAGUUCUACAGAAUCUACUACAAGUACUACAAAAUCUACUACAAGUACUACAGAAUCUACCCCUGGUACAACAGAAACCACUACGACCUCUACAACAGUACUAACUACCUUAACUACUCCGGCUACAACAACUACUACAGAUACUGGUAACCCGUUCUACUGAAAAACUAAAUCAGUAGAACAAUAAGAUUUUCAAAAAAAAAAUCUUAAAACUGCACUAUUACAUAAAAGGCAAUUUUAUUUUGCAACAAUUGGAGAAAUAUACCGACAUAUUGAUGUAUUUAUUUUUAUAACUAUUGACUCUUGUACAAAUUGUUUUUUUAAAUCCCACGUCACACAAUACAAGUAGACAUACCGUGGAACUGUAUCUCAAAGGGC